ACGUGUGACGUCACAGUGCAAAGGGCGAGCUCAACCUUUUUACGCAAGAGUCAACUAACGUCAUGAGAGCGGAAUCAUCUGAUUUUCUGUUUUUCCAAUUAAACAAAUUCACCCCGACUUUAAUGCGAACAGUCCCUUUAACAGUUCGAUAUUUACGAACGAAUAUGAGUGUUUAGUGGACUCGGUAUUUCGCCAACUGUGAACCCGGAAGCGAGCGUCAUACGUAAACGUAAGUGCGUAUGACUGUUGUUAUUUCGUACAAGAUGGUGUACGUGUCGAAUGGUCAAGUUCUGAACAGCAGGAGCCAGUCACCAUGGCGACUGUCUUUACUGGUCGACCUGUUAUGGGGAGCUGUGGAGUUUUUUGGCCUGUUUUUUAAAACAAUAAUUCACCCUGACCUGACAAAAGAUGGAAUUAGUGGUUCGUCUCGUUUUUCUGAUGGCAGAGGUCCUCCGGGUCCCCCUGGCAGUCGAAGGCGGAUUGGAAGAAUAAACUUUGGUGGGGGGCCCAGUCCUCCUCCAAUGGGAGGGGGAGGAUGAGGAAGGUAAACGCCUACGCUAGAUGUGUAGGCGUGGGCCCAGCUACUGUGUCGAAGGUGGUCACAGUGGCAAAGCCCCUCUUCUCGAGUCGCCACUGCCUCAGCAGUUUUUGACGCCUCUUUGGGAAUUCCUACGAGGAACCAGAUUGGCCGAUCUGGCAGCUCUUGCAACGCCAUUGUCCUUUCCCCCCCCCCACCGCUGCUUUUCCUUUUUUUUUUAUUAUUAUUAUUAAACCCCCCCCCCCCCCCCCAUUGGAGUUAAAGUUGGAGAUAUGUGAUGUUAAGAUAUUCCGUAAUCCUUAAAAACAAGUCCAAUAAGUGAUGUAUUCAAGUGACAGGUUAUUUUAAUGUCAUUAUUUGAUUUCUAAUUUGUGAAAGAAAUAACAAAGCAGUUGAGUAAAUGAACUUUGCAGCCACUAUAGGACGAAAGCGGGUUAUAAAUAAAUGUAACUAAGAAUUUAGUUACAAUUAUGUCCAUA